AUGACCCCCACUCACUUUUCAAUUUCCUCAGCCUUUCUGUUAGGUUUAAUAGGCUUAGCGUUUCAUCGAACACAUCUCCUCUCUGCCCUUCUCUGUUUAGAAGCCAUAAUACUUGCCCUAUUUAUUGCACUCUCCCUCUGGUCCUUGCAGUUAGAUGCCACUGGCUGUUCAACUGCCCCCAUACUCAUACUCGCUUUCUCCGCUUGUGAAGCAAGUGCUGGACUAGCCCUACUUGUAGCCACAGCCCGAACACACGGGACAGAUCACAUACAAGCCUUAAAUCUUCUACAAUGCUAA